CCUUACUUCUAUAAAAAGGAUGAUAUUAAAUAGAACAAAUGAUCUUGCCUGAGAGCAUGCGAGAAUUUGUGACAGCCUGACGAAAUGGAGGAAUUGAAAAAGACAACAUGGCAAUUUUUAACGGGAGGACGUUUGCUUCAAAUGCAAUCCUUACAACACGGAUCGACUCCUACUAAACAAAUGAUGGAUUUCUAUACCAGGGAACUUUGGAAAUACUUGGAUUUUGCAAUAGGCACAGAGGAAGAUGUUAAAUUACGAAGAGAAAUAAACGGAGUCUAUGUGGAGGUGAUGAAUGUUAGUCAGAUAAGUGAUCAAUUCAUUUCUGGAAGUGCCGCUGAAGGAUUUAAAUUUCAUUGGAGUGAUCUUGAUAUAAUGUGGUCCUUAACAAAAGAAACUGUUGUCAUGGAAUUAGAAGGAUUGACAAACUUUAAACAUAUUAAAUUCAUUGCAAGUGACAUUGGUUGCAAACCAAGCUUCUGUAAACUUGUGCCUUAUCCUUUUGUUAGUUUAAUGAAAAGGUUUGUCAAAGUGUGUGAUGCCGAGUGUGUUUCUAGGAUAAAGUUUUUUGAAGAUUGUCACAAAUACAGCUACAAUAAAUGCACCGAUAGCACAAGUCACGGACCAUGUGUUACAUCAUACAUAUCGAGGGAAUACGAUGUUUGCUUUUGCUUUCCUAUACACCCAAUUUCCUCACAUAAGAUUUUGAGGAAUUUUUCCACAACAUUUUGGAAUGAUUUAAAGUUACGUCUGUUAGAAAAAAGUGUUACCGUGAUGCAUGUUGUUCCAAAAGGUCCCACAAACGGCGAUGUUAAAGGUAUCCAGUGGCUUAAAUCAUUCUGUGCUCUUGAGCAACACAUUAUUCAUUCACUAAAUCACGUUCAAUUCUGUUGUUAUGGUUUAUUGAAAAUUGUUAUCCAUGAUAAAAUUGAAGAACAUAGUGAAAUGUAUGACACUUUGAGUUCAUAUCAUUUAAAGACAGUUUUGUUUCAUGUUUUGGAAGAUAUACAUUCCGAUUUUUGGAUUCCAAGAAAUAUUCUCUACUGCUUUUGGAUUUGUUUUACACGCCUAAUUUUAUUUGUUAGUAAAGGUGUUUGUCCUAAUUAUUUUUUCCCAGAAUGCAACCUUUUUCUCCAGGGUACAACUUUAACGAAAAAAAGCAAAAUUGAAGAAAUUCUUUUGGAUGUCAUGAAAUCAAAGCCAUAUUAUCUUGUAAGUGUAACCAGAAUUUCAUCUCUUAAUAAUCCUGCUCGUAUGAUUCAGCAAAACCCAAAAAAAUUACGAGACCUCAUGACGUUUUCUAUGGCAUUGAUGAAUGUGAAAGGGUACCAGGGAACCUUUCAAAAAUGUAUGCUUUCCAUUGUAAAAAUAUUUCAGUUUUUAGAAAAUGAGAAAGACGAACGAAUAAUUGCGUCGCUGAAAUAUCUAUUCAUCAGUUUUAUGAAAAGAGCUGGGGUCAUUCUUUAUGAAAAGUUUGUUUUGACUGGUUUUACCCAGUACCUACUGUCUGCGGAGGCAGCCUUUAUCUUGGAACGGAAUUUUCUGGCAUCUGCAGGACUAUUUUUAGCCACACUGUGGUAUUGCCAGGGAAAAUAUAACUCUGCAAUAGAAGUGCUCUGUCAUGUUCUCGACAAAUUACCAGAUAAAAUAGCUGUUGUUAUCCCGAAGAUCUUAAAAGUGAUGUUCAUGCUUGUCCGAUGA